UGGAGCUACGAAGUAGGAACGCCUCUUGUUCCAUAUCCACGGCUUUGAUCCGUCCGACACACCACCCACACGCCCCAGCGGAACAGCAGCAGCUAAGGAGCGAAGGACCCUCAUCGCCGGCAGCAGUCAGGCCAGCAAGGCAUCAGCCAGCCGAGUCCGGCGACGGCCAUGGCGUUAGCAGCUAACGCACAUGGAAGAGUCUGCACCCUCUCCUCCAGGCCGCCCGCGCCUUUCAGCAGCAGGAGCACGGUCGCUAUGCCUGGGCACCAUUCUGAGUCGCCGCGAGCCCGGUUUGCUGUCCGGGCCAUCGCGGAGCGCGCGACCUGGCUGCCGGGGCUGGACCCGCCGGCGUACCUCGACGGCACGCUGCCUGGUGACUACGGGUUCGACCCCCUGGGCCUCGGGGAGCAGCCUGAGGACUUGAAGUGGUACGUCCAGGCCGAGCUCGUGCACUGCCGGUUCGCCAUGGCAGGGGUCGCCGGCAUCCUCGGAACCGAUUUGAUCCGUGUGUCAGGAAUCGGCAACCUACCAGUGUGGUUUGAAGCAGGUGCCACGAAAUUUGACUUUGCCAACACCACAGCACUCUUCUUUGUCCAGCUUCUCUUGAUGGGAUUUGUCGAAACCAAGAGGUACAUGGACUUCGUUAGUCCAGGAUCACAAGCAAAGGAAGGGACAUUCCUUGGUAUAGAAGCUUCACUUGAAGGUUUACAGCCAGGGUACCCUGGGGGUCCACUAUUUAACCCAAUGGGGCUGGCCAAAGAUAUAGAGAAUGCGAAUGAAGUGAAGCUGAAAGAAAUCAAGAAUGGGAGGUUGGCGAUGGUUGCUAUGCUUGGCUUUAUUGUGCAAGCGUCCGUGACUCAUGCUGGGCCCAUCGAUAAUCUUUUGACCCAUCUUUCAGACCCGUUCAACAAAAAUAUCAUUCAUGCACUAACCUUGUCUUGAAAACUCUUUGUCUCGAAACUUCGUUUAUUUUCCCUUGUCCUCAUCUGAAGGUGUGGCACAACAGACCACUAUGGUUUCUUACAGGAAGCGCAUUUCUUCUCAGGUCCCUUCGUUUGCAAGGUUCUAUUAGUCACAAAACUGAAUGUGGAACUUACGUGGGAGGAACUAUAAAAAACUUACUACACAGUUGACAGUACAGGUGCGGUGACAAAUUGAUUUUCUUCAAAUGCAAAUAAGAUACAUUUGUAGUUUAUCGAAACAAUGGUGCUUCUUGUCCUUGCAAUUGAUCCUAAUAUGCAAUCUAUGCUUGCGCUUUUUCCGAUGAAA